AUGGCCCCGACGCGCAAGGACAAUACUUCGCCAUGGUACUGCAAGUGGUGCAGGCACGACGUCACGAAUCAGCCGUGGUUCAAUGCCUCUACCCUUGUCUACUGUAAGAAGUGCGGCCUGCAAAAGAGCAACUGUUUCAAGGAAAACAAAGCAGCGUCGCAGCCCAGUGUCUCGGCCAAGCAGCAGUCGCUCGCGGCCAAGGUCAAGGAGCCCGAGGCGCAGCUCACCAAGCUCCGAGAGCACCCCCCUGGGCAUGGGCCAGCGACUACGGGUACAGGUGCGAGCCCACCAUGGGCUGCUGCGCCAGGGGAUCCCGACACCGCCAAGCGGAACAGGAUCAAGAUGCUGGAUCAGUUGCUUCGUGUCACUACUGACCCUGCUGAUGCUGACACUGUGGCCAAAUGGCGCGAAGAGCGGGCGAGGUUGGACGCCGAGCUCUUUCAAGACAGGCCCAUCGAGCAUCAGGCCAGGUCUUUGGCGUCAAGACUGUCUUCCGCCCGUUCGCGACAGGCUACCAUCCAGGCCACCCGUGACGAGCAGCAGAAGAAGAUUGACGAGCUCACCCGCGGCCUGGCCGACACGGACUCCAAGCUGCAGGAGGCCGCUGCGGAGGUCCUCCGCCUGGAGCAGCAGACCCGCACCGCCAUGUCGCGAGUCCAGCCGCCCGAGGGCACGCAGCCACCGACGCUUGCGGACUUGCUGCCCACCUUCGCGGUCAGUGUGGAGCAGCUGGGCAAGGUCGCAACAGGCCUCGGUCUCGGCGCCGACAUGGUCAAGGAGCUGCAGGCUAUGGCCGACGCGGUCAGCAAGCUGCAGAGCUUGCCCCAGGCCAAGCCGCCAGAACCUGCACCUGCUCAUCCUGAUGGUGCUGAAGCUAGUGCUGAGCCACCUGACAUCGAGAUGUCUGAGCAGGAUGACCGCGAGACGUUGGGCGCAGCAGGGGUCCACGUCGAAGAGAGCGACACCCCCGACAUCGCGCGCGAGAAGUUCAAGCGUCUUCAGCAGAGCUACCCGGACACUGUGGCCAAGAAGGACCUCGGCUGGGACUACGGCGCCUACAUUAUUCCCCCCACCGGCCCGCUCCUCGGGGUGGGGGGCAGCUCCGACCUUGACUGCGGCUCCGCCUACGUCGGUUGCGCCUGCAGCUGGGUCUUUGGCGUCUACGGCAUCACAGAGGGGCACUCCGCCUACGCCUGCGCGUUUGGCCACUGGCAGCACGCACUGCUCACCGACCUCACCUUCGGGGAGCGGCGGCAGAGGGUGAAGGUGCAGCCUAUGCAUGCAGUAUCUCAGCCGCAGCUCAAAGCUACGUCCAACUUCGGAGGGGUCGCUGUACUCGUGCCGACGUACAUUAUGGUCACGGCCCCACCUGAUGACGGGCACAUUAUCUAUCCAGGACGAGCAGACUGUGCACAGAUUAACUGGGGAGUUGCUGGCGGUAUCAUAGUCGCCAGUGUUUAUCUUGUCACGUCCAUUGGCAUCUCGGGCGAAAACAUUGAGGUGUUGUGGGCCUUGGCCCAGAGAGUGGCAGCAUGGAACUCACGGGGCCUCGACUGGAUCCCAGGCGGUGACUGGAACGCCGACAUCGAUGCGCUCAAUGUUCGCAACUGGGUCGAGACCAUGGCAGCCAUCCACUAUGUGCCCGACCAGCGCACCUGCAUCACCGACGAGGGCAAGAGCACCAUAGACUAUUUUGUUGUCUGUGCCAACUUAGCGUCUCGCAUCAAGGGCAAGCCAGAGGUCCAGUAUGACUCCACGGUCGUGCCGCCGCCGCACUUCCCUGUGGAGCUGCAGCUCGUGGGAGAGGAUCGCCCCACGUGGCAUCCCUACCCGUGGCAGAUGCUCCAGACAGAGUUCCAACGGGUCAGCAGUGCCGACGACCUGAGCUCGCUCUGGGACUCUGUGCUGCGAGGGGUGGACCACGAGCUGGCAGGGCGUUGCGACUGCGUAGGCGCCAAGGCCAUGCAGUACAUCGGACGCGAGGGGCCGCCGCAGUUCAAGUGGCAGCACCUGUCAUGGCAACCGCCGCGCAGGCGUACCUACAAGGAGCCGACUGUGCUGGCCUGGGCCACGGCGAAGCGCUGGGCCCAGCACCUUGUGGCCGAGAAGAAGCGGCUUGUGAGGUACAUCGAGCGCCUCAAGCUGUGUGCCGCCGUUUGCGCCAUCACGCCGCUGCAGUACACCAAGGUCGUCGUGGCCUUCAAUGAAGUGGUUUCUUUCGGCGAGGGCUGA